UGGUUUUAACGGAGGAAAGAAAAAAAAGAUAAUCGCCACUGGGACCAAAACUCUCGAAUACAGACAGUGACGUCACCGCCGGUCAUCAAUGUCAGGCUACACUUAUCCUCUUCUCUCCCAUUCCGAUUUCCUCCCACCCACCAGGGGAAAAGAAAAAAGUUACUUCUUUUUUUCUUGUUUGGAUCCUCCCGACGAAUGGAGACGACGCCGCAGUCAAAGGCGAGUGGGUCACACCGUCCGCCGUUAGGAAGAGAAGACUGGUGGAGCGAGGAAGCGACGGCGACGCUGGUCGAAGCCUGGGGGAAUCGUUACGUCAAGCUCAACCACGGAAACCUCCGUCAGAAUGACUGGAAAGACGUCGCCGACACCGUUAACUCUAGGCACGGAGAUUACGUCCGUGCGAAGACCGACGUACAGUGUAAGAACCGGAUCGAUACCUUGAAGAAGAAGUACAAAUCGGAGAAGGCUAAACUCUCCCCGUCCACUUGGCGUUUCUUUGACCGCCUCGACUUCUUGAUCGGUCCUGUCGUAAAGAAAUCGGCUGGUGGAGUUAUCAAAUCAGUGCCUAUUGUGAACCCUAAUCAUCUGAAUCCAGCAGGAUCGGGAAGCUCUCUUGAGGAUGACGAUGACGAUGAUGAUGAUGAGACUGGUGACUGGGGAUUCGUUGCUAGGGAGCAUUCUCGUGUGGAGGAGAUAGAUCUGAGUGAAGGAUCGACGUGUAGGGAACUAGCUACGGCAAUUCUGAAGUUUGGGGAAGUGUACGAAAAGAUUGAAGGUAAGAAGCAGCAGAUGAUGAUUGAAUUGGAGAAGCAGAGAAUGGAAGUUAUAAAGGAGGUAGAGUUACAACGAAUGAACAUGUUGAUGGAGAUGCAAUUAGAGAUUGAGAAAUCAAAGCUCCGGAAACGUGGGCUUGGUUCAGGUAUGUAAUAGUAGACUUGGAAUGGUGGAGGAACUACUGCGGUGGAGCAUCAAAUGUAAAACGAAGAGGAAUUAGUUGGAUCUGAAGCUCAUUGGAAUUGGAGGACCCUGUUAAUCUUUUUUCCAAUUUGUAGGAUAGAAGUUAGAGAACUCUCUAGGAUUGCUUUUGUUUUUUCUUCUACUUUCUAGCGAUUUAGGGUACAUUGUUGUAAUGAUGCAAAUCUUCUUCCCUAACUCUUAGUAUCUGACAAGUAUGAUGUACUUUUUUGAAGUGUCCAUGUAUAAAGUUACGACUUGGUAAUAAACAAAUUCAAACCAGCUGCUGCUAGAA